AUGAAUAGUGCUGGAAGCCAAUCUGAGCAAUGCUUAGUUGAAGAAGAGAAGAACCUAGACUACUGGAUGUUUCACAGCUUCCGGUUCAGAUCUUCACAUGCUUCAGAUGGAACUGUUGAACUGCACACAAUGUUUAUCAGAGAUAGAAAAUAUUAUGGUAGGGUUCCUAAGAAGACUGAAUUGGAUGUGACUAAUUAUUUCCUCUUUAAGAUAAACAAAUAUCCUCAUCCUAUAAGCACAUGUCUUAAGUUUAAAAAUAUUAUGGCUUUCAAAAUCAGGUCUGUCGUUAAGUUUCUUGAAACAUGAAGGCCAACUGUGAUUGAAAGCUUAGUAUUAAAAGCUGAAGAAGGAGGCACUUUAUAUAGCCCGAAGAUUUUGAUGCCUUCUCUUGUGAGGUUUAUACCUCAGUUGACUGGAGUAAUAUCCUUAUCUCAUUUCAAGUUUUCUAAUAAACAAAUGAGUAUGCUAUUUAGCAAUAUCAGAGUUAUUGCCUUCCUCAAGUUUGAAGAAUGAUUCAUGGAAACGAGUGAAAUAGAAAUUUUAAGUCAUAAUAAAUCUUCAAUUGAUUAUUUAAGAUUUGAGAACUGCUGCAGUGAAUCUUUGAGCAAUUGGCAUGAGCAUCCCGAAAGAUUAGAAGCAAUAUUCAAAUUUAUAUGAAACUCUCAUCUUUCAAGUGGGAUAAAUUCACUAUUAUUUGUGUCCCAACUAGAAGCAUCUAUCUUUCAAGCUUUAGCCUGGAAGUAUCCUUUUGAGAUGGUAAGAGUAGAAGUCCGAGCUUCAUCUGAUGCAAAAGGAAUUUGAAUUUAUUCUGGUCAAUAUGAAGAAAGCCAAUCGAGAAUUGAGCAUCAAGAGCAGAGCACUUGAUGGAGUUGUUCAAUAUUUUAAGUUGUAAUAAUGUUUGUGAAGCAAAGCAUGUUAAAAAACAUUCACUUUGUAUCACUGAUAAAUUAAAAUAUUUUGUCUCUGUACCAA